AACUGCGCAGGCUCGGAUUUCAACCAAUGAGGAGCCGUGAACAAUGGCGAUGGAGAACGACGUGCGUCUUGUGAAAAGUGAGGGAGAUCCGCGGGAAAUGUCGGCCGAAUCCAGCCAGGGGGAAGCAGAUGAAGCGCCGGAAGAGGUGACUUUCAGUAGCGCCCGGGAGGAGGCUGAGAGGAGCAUAAAAGCGGUGCUCGAGAUUGUGAGGAGAGACAAAGCAUUGCUGAAGGAGAAAAGAAGAAGGAGGGAGCAGUUAUUCAAAGAGCAGAAGAAACGCAGGUUGCUUCCAGAUAAUGUUCUUGAAGCGAUCACUUCAGUUCCAGAUAAGAAUAACCAGACACCUGACUCGAGUAAAGAAGGUGAAGAUUGUCAUUCAGUGCAGCACGCUGAGGAAGAUAGUGGAUUGGAGGAAGAUGUUGAGGAAUGCGUAAAUACCAGAUGGAAGAAGAGUUAUAUGGCCAUUUGUUUAAAGGACCUAGGGCAAACAAGCCAGCAGGUCGAAAAUGCCAAAGCUUUCAUUAAUUAUCGACUAUAUGGACCAGGCAGCAGGAGAAGCAGUGUCAAUGAAUACUUCUCCCUUGAAAACAAGAAAGCUGAAAAGAAAAAAGCUGCAAUAUUGUUUGUCAAUAAAUCCUAGGGUCGGAAGAGGCAGACAAGCACCUGUCAGAAAAGUAGAGACUGUGUGUUAGCGAUUAUUUCCUGCAACAAAAUGUUCUGAAUGCAAUAAAGGGACAAGCAAUAUUGGAUUUAAUUCGUAACCUAAUUGUACAUGAACAUUUAUCAAAUAGUGAUCAUAACAUGAUCAAGUUCACUGUAAUGUUUGAAAGUGAUCAUCUUCUAGAUUUUAAAUCUAGGGAAGGCCAACUUUAAUGAGAUGAGAGCCUGUUUACGGUAAACUGGGAAAAUCUGCUGCUUGAGUAUUGUUGGAGCUGCACUUAUCCAGACAAAUAUUCCACCUUAUCCAUGAUGAUACGCCUUGUAGACGCAUGACAGGUUUUGGAAGUCACGAUAUGAGUUACUCUCCACAGAAUUCCCAGCCUCUGCUCUGCCAUUAUAGUCAAUGGUAAUCCCAAGAAUAUUGAUAGUGAGAAAUUUAGUGAUGCUACUGCCGUUUCAUCUCAUGGGGAGAUAAUUAGAUUCUCUCUCAUUAUGUUGGUCAUUUCCUUUUAUGAUGCAGAUCUUAUUUGUCAGUUAACUGCCCAACCCUCAAUGUUGCCCAGUCUUGCUGCAUGUGAAUACAACCUGCUUUGUUAUCUAAGGAAUUACAAGUGGCACUGAACAUCAUUGCAAUCAUCAGCAAACAUCCCCACUUCCUAGCUUGUGGUGGAAAUAUUGUAAUUGAAAAAACAGCUGAAGAUGGUUGGGUUUCAGGUACUACUCGGAGGAGUUCUUGCAGUGAUAUCCUGGUACCCCUGGGUGUACCAAAACUGAGGAUCACUGAGUGGUUUGUUGCUUGAUAGCACUGAUGAGAACAUUGUCUAUUUCCUUGAUUAAGAGAGUGGACUGAGGGGUUGGUUAAUGGCUGGGCUGGAUUGUCCUGCCUUUUGUGGACAGGGCAUUCAUGGACAAUCUCCUACAUGACUGAGUCGAUAGGAACAGGAGUAGGCUAUUCAGCCUGCACUGCCAUUUGGUGCGAUCCUGGCUGAUUGAACUCUUCAAUUCCUUUUCUCCAUCCCGUCUCAAACAUUUUAACCUGCAUUCACCUUGUCAACCCAUUAAAUAUUUUGUAAAUUUCAACGAAAUUAUCUUCCAUUCUUUGAAACUUGAGUGAAAACAGGCCCAGUCGCCCACCUUCUUUUCAAAGGACAGUCCUACCAUCCCAGAAAAUAGUCUGGUGAACCUUCAUUGCACUACUUCAGGAAAGAUGUUAUUGCCAUAGAAAUAAGGAGACCCAAAGAUGCCCACAGUACUCCAGCUCCUACACAAUUGAAGCAAAGCAUCAAUGCUGCUGUACUUGAAUCCCCUUGCAAUAAAGGCUAACAUUAUCUUUCCUAAUAGCUUGAUGGAUCUAUAUGUAAGAUUUCAGUUUCUUAUCUGCAAGAACACCUAGGUCCCUUUGAACAUUCAACUGAAGUGUUAUUCCUUCUCUGAUUGCAUGGCAAGGUAUUGUCAGUGUGGUCUGGUCCUCCUCCCACUCCUGAUACCAGCUCCCACAAGUUGACACCUCAUUUUAUAUGUGGUGUUCCUGGCAUGCCAUCAUGUAUCCUUCAUUGUACAAGGACUUCACAAUAACGUUAGCAUGGAGGAUCUGAUAGAUUAUAAAGUUUGUGGUUGAAUAUAAAUCUGCUCCUGGUGGCCUAAGUAUCUCAUGACAUCCAAUUAAAGUAGCUAGAUUUGUUUGAAAUAUGUCGCAUUUAGGUAAUGACAGUUCCACACAAAGUAAUAUCUUCUCAGAACGAAGACAGCUUUGUCCCUGCAAGGAUAGAGCUGUUGUCACUUGCUAAUGCUGUGUAAACAAAUGCAUCUCCUGUUGUGGACCCAGUCCAGCAACUUUGCCGUUAGAAUCCAACCAGUUUGGACCGGUUACUCCACUACUGGUCAGUCUUGGGGAUGGAUGAAGUCCCCCAUACACAUUAUGUUCUGUGCCUCUGCCAUCCUCCCGUAUUUCUACCAAAUUGUGUUAAACAUUGAGAAGAACAGUCAUCAGCUGAGAGGGAUUUGAUGUGCUAUGUUAAAAGCAAAGAUAAUUAAUUGCUUCCUUCUCCUAUUGCAGCACUCGAUAGAAACAAUUCCCUCUGCACAUCUCAAGUUGUUUCCUAAUGGUACCAAUGUCACUGUAGGAGAGAGUAAAUACAAAUUACAUGAUGGCUUUACAAGUGUGACCAUAAACCUGUCAUUUUAAUUUUCAGUCCCCACUCUGACCUCUCUGACAGUGUAGGAAACAAAGUACAGAGUGAGGCUGAAGAUUCAGCACUUUAUCUUUAAAAAGCUGUAAGUCAUCUAAUUAAGACUUAAAAUUGAUUUCAACAAUUUCAGAUAAAUUCUAAUCCCAUUUUAGACAAUUUUGGGGCAGUUCAUUGUGCUAUUUCUUUAGCAUUUAAUCUCUUCUGUGACCCAUCAUUUGUUACACCAUGUCACCAUCUUGUUUUUACAUUGAAUUAUUGUUUUGGUCAUUUAAACUUGUAUUGCACGUUACCAUGGACCUUAUCUUCUGUUCUCUGGACACUUGGAAAGGUUUAUAUUUGCAUGUGUAGCACGUUUGUGCAACUCUGCCAGUUUAAAAAAAAACAGGAUUGCACCCAGUUGAAGUACAAUAAAUACAGUUUGAAAUCUUGGCCUUAAUUUUGUUCUGAAACAAAAAACUUGCAUUUACCUUUCACAUCAUUGUCUCUUCCAAA